AUGUCAACAACAUUUAAACAAAAAGCACCCGGAGAGAAUUAUGGUUUUGAUUAUUCAAGGAGUGGAAAUCCUACAAGAAAAUGCUUGGAGGAAUGUAUCGCCUCUUUAGAAAAGGGCAAACAUGCUUUGUGUAUGGCAUCAGGACUUGCAGCCACUGACCUUGUUGUACGUCUCUUGAAAUCUGGUGACCAUAUUCUCAGUAUGAAUGAUUUAUAUGGAGGUACAAAUCGUUAUUUCCGUACAAUGAAGCAAUUUGGAGUCAACAUUACAUUUGUUGAUGCUACUGACAUUGACAAAUUUGGGAGUGCAUUUCAGGAAAACACCAAGCUUGUUUGGAUAGAAACCCCAACAAAUCCAAUGAUGAAUAUUGUUGACAUUGAAGAAGUAGUAAAAAUAACAAAGGAGAAAUCAAAUGCUCUGGUUGCUAUUGACAACACUUUUGCUACCUGCUAUUUUCAGAGACCUCUUGAAAUGGGAGCAGAUCUUGUUAUUAGUUCUAUGACCAAAUAUAUGAAUGGUCAUUCUGAUACAGUUAUGGGUUGUGUAGUUGUCAGAGACGACAAAAUAGCUGAACGUUUACGAUUUUUACAAAAUGCUUGUGGGGCUGUUCCUUCCCCAUUUGACUGUUUCCUUGUCAAUCGAGGGCUGAAAACAAUGCACCUUCGAAUGAAGGAACAUAUGAAAAAUGGUUUAGCUGUGGCAAGAUUUCUGGAAGGAAAUUCGAGAGUUGAAAAAGUUCUUCAUCCAGGUCUUGAAUCACACCCUCAACAUUUGCUUGCUAAACGCCAGAUGCGUGGUUUCAGUGGAAUGUUGACAGUUUUCAUUAAGGGUGGCAUUGAAGAAUCCAAAAUAUUCCUCAAGACUCUCAAGCUAUUUACCACUGCAGAGAGUUUAGGUGGCUAUGAAAGUUUAGCUGAGUUACCGGCCAUAAUGACUCAUGCUUCAGUUCCUAAGGAACAAAGAGAAGAAAUAGGAAUUGCAGACAAUUUGAUCCGAUUGUCUGUGGGACUUGAAGAAGAAGAUGAUUUAAUUGCUGAUUUGGAUCAAGCCCUGAAAACUGCUAUACCAUGA